AACAUCAGGACGCUGAUAAGGUGACGUUAACCUGCUCUGUGUUGACAUAUGAACACUGUAGACACACAGUGAAGUGGCUGUAUGAGGGUAAUAAGAAUGAUCUGACAGACAUGAAGAGAUCACAGCAUUCCUGUUCAGCCACUGUGACAUUUACAACAUCUGACUUUAAUCAGAAGUCGAAGCAUCCUGAGUUGUUUAAAUGUAACGUGACUGAUAGUUACACUAAAAAAGUGCAGCUGUUUCCCUUCAGCCCUCAGUCCUCAGGUGGGGAUGCAACAACAACAAGAUCAAUAUUGACAGCAGCACAAACAACAACAACAAUGGUGACAACAACAAAACAAGAAGGUGAUGGUGCAACAACAACAGAAUCACCAAAAACAAUUACAUCAACAUGGGAAACAAGAAAUACAUGGACAUCAGUGAAGAAAAUCACAUCAGCAGGGACAAACAACAAUGAUCAAACAAAACAAAAAGGUCUCUCUCAAGUUCAGUUGACGUUCAUCAUUGUGUCUGUGGGUUUAGCAGCUCUCAUGAUAAUUGCUGUGGUAGUCAUAAGAUGGAAGAGAACUAAAGGAAACAAAACACACAUGAAUGGAAACAUGGCUGAUCCUGAAGAUGGUGUUUCCUACGCCUCCAUCAGCUACACCGGCAAGACCAACAGUAAAGGCCGGGUUCGGGGUGAUGAUGAAGAUGAUGCAGUGACCUACAUGAAAGUUAAAGCUUCCUCUUCUUCUGCUGGAGCCUCAGCUGAUCCCAGCAGCCUCUAUGCCACCAUCAACUAAACACCCCACCCCAAAAAAGAGGCAUUACUUAUUGAAUGCAACCUGUUGUUUUUUGCAUAAUGGUUUGAAUCAUAUAGUCAUUAAAAAGAAACCAGUUGUUUUUCUCCUCUCACAGUUUCAGCUCUGUCGCCCUUAAAAGAGCUGGGACUCCCUCUAGAGGUGGAGAGAGUGAACAAUGGAGGCAGACAUGUUGGAUAUACUGUGUAUUGUAUUUUUUAUACUGUGUCCCCAUAGACAGAAUGAAGGGUUUGUAAAAUAAAGUUUUACUUUUUAUGUUAAUGUUAAACGUUCUUUAACAUUAACAUAAAAAGCCUUUUUCUAGCAUUUAAGUGAGUAUUGCUUUUUGUAUCGUUAAUUUCACUGGGUCACCUCACAGCACCAGUUCUGUGACAGAUGCAGCCAUUCAGAGUUGAAAUUCCUGCAAGAGGCGAAAGAGUGAAAACAGGAAGCAGACAUACUGUAAAAACUGUAUACUGUAUUCUUCUUAAUGCUGUGUUCCUGCAUGGGCAAAAUUUUUGUAAUAUUACUUCCUGUUUGCCUUUGUUCUGUUUAAAGUUAAACCUUCUUUGUUGCCCUUUUUAUCCACCAUUUAAGAGAAUGCUUUUUUUUUUUUGUAAAUUUGAUUACCCAUGCCAUGUCCACCAUUUUCUAUGCUUUACUGAAUAAAUAAUUA